CUGUCAUUUCCGGAGGAAGAUGGCUGCAGUUCGUGUGCUGAGAACCUGGAGCCAGAAUGCUGGGAGGCUGAUUUAUAUUCGAUACUUUCACACAUGUAAUAGUGUUCAUGUUUUGAAGCCCAAAUAUGUGUGUUUCUUUGGUAAUCCUUCAUUCAAGUAUAGUCAUCCACAUCAGUUGCUGAAAACAACUGCUGCUCUACAGGGACAGAUUGUUCAGUUCAAACUCUCAGACAUUGGAGAAGGGAUUAGAGAAGUAACUGUUAAAGAAUGGUAUGUAAAAGAAGGUGAUACAGUGUCUCAAUUUGAUAGCAUCUGUGAAGUUCAAAGUGAUAAAGCUUCUGUUACUAUCACUAGUCGUUAUGAUGGAGUCAUUAAAAAACUAUAUUAUAAUCUAGAUGAUAUUGCCUAUGUGGGAAAGCCAUUAGUAGACAUAGAAACGGAAGCCUUAAAAGAUUCAGAAGAAGAUGUUGUUGAAACUCCUGCUGUGUCCCAUGAUGAGCACACACACCAAGAGAUAAAGGGCCAAAAAACAUUAGCCACUCCAGCAGUUCGCCGCCUGGCAAUGGAAAACAACAUUAAACUAAGUGAAGUUGUUGGCUCAGGGAAAGAUGGAAGAAUACUGAAAGAAGAUAUUCUCAACUAUUUGGAAAAGCAGACAGGAGCGAUAUUACCUCCUUCACCAAAAGCUGAGAUUAUGCCACCUCCACCUCCACCAAAAGACAAGACCAUUCCCAUGCCAGUUUCAAAACCUACAGUAUUUACAGGCAAAGACAGAACAGAACCUAUAAAAGGCUUUCACAAAGCAAUGGUCAAAACCAUGUCUGCAGCCCUGAAGAUACCUCAUUUUGGGUACUGUGAUGAAGUUGACAUUACUGAACUGGUUAAGCUACGAGAAGAAUUAAAACCCAUCGCUUUAGCUCGUGGAGUCAAAUUAUCCUUUAUGCCUUUCUUCUUAAAGGCUGCUUCCUUGGGACUACUGCAGUUUCCUAUUCUUAAUGCUUCUGUGGAUGAAAACUGCCAGAACAUAACAUAUAAGGCUUCUCAUAACAUUGGCAUAGCAAUGGAUACUGAGCAGGGAUUGAUUGUCCCUAAUGUGAAAAAUGUUCAGAUCUGCUCUGUAUUUGAGAUCGCUUCUGAACUGAACCGCCUGCAGAAGUUGGGGUCUGUUGGCCAGCUUGGUACCACUGAUCUUACAGGAGGAACAUUUACUCUUUCCAAUAUUGGAUCCAUUGGUGGUACCUAUGCCAAGCCAGUGAUCUUGCCACCUGAAGUAGCAAUUGGGGCUCUGGGAUCAAUUCAGGCCCUCCCCAGGUUUAACCAGAAAGGAGAAGUAUAUAAAGCACAGAUAAUGAAUGUAAGCUGGUCAGCAGAUCAUAGAAUCAUUGAUGGUGCUACCAUGUCCCGCUUCUCAAAUUUGUGGAAAUCCUACUUAGAAAACCCAGCUGUUAUGCUACUUGACAUGAAAUGAAGAUGUCUAAGACAUUCUUGAACUUUUUGAGCUUCCAAAGAAUAUGUAUGUAGAGCCUGGCUGUAUAAGCACACAUGUUCAUUACAACUUGUAUUAUAAAUGAUUUACAUUGUAUGAUUAAGAUUCUAUGGCACAUUCUUUAUCACUAUUCUUUUAAACUUUUUACUGAAAAUAAGUAAUAAUGUAAUAGUUCUUCUGUGGCUGUCACAUUUUAUAGGUCAUUUAUAUAAAUACGACUUCUUCAUAUGGUGCUGUGGUCAUUGUGUCAAUGGAUUGAAACUGGCAAGAACAACAAAAUAAUAUUCUGAAAGACAGGUAGCCAUAUACUGUACACAGUAUUUGCUCUAUUUCUUUAUCUUAAACUGACUCUUAAUGAAAUUUCAGAUACAAUUAGUUGGGAAAAGGAAUUUAAUGUGCAGAAAUACUUCCAUUUCCCCUCAGUAAUUCUAAUUGUUGAUUAAGUGCAAUUAAACUUACCUUGGAAGGUAUCCAGGAGUUAUGGGUUCCUGUAGAGAGUAUAAAUUGUAAAUGUCUUACUUGUAUACAUUAGUAUCUUUUAAAAGCAAGGAAUUAUGAGUGGAUCUUUAGUUUUGUAGCCACUAAGAAUUCUGGUAAUAUUUUGUUGGGAAGGAACUUUACUUUUACAAUUUAUUGCACAUACAGAUGGCACUUCAAUUGAAGCAGCUGCUCACGUUGUCUUACACUCAGAAGUCCUGCUGCCUUUUAAGUGUUUUAAACUUGGUCUUCAGCUGAAAAUAGGAUGACAGAGUGAGAAAAUAAGGUCUAUCCCACUGUCUAUAACAUGGUAGGUAAGGUGAAUAAGAAUCUCCUGGGGUUUUGUGGACAUUAAAAUAAAGUAGUAAAUUUUAUAUGGAAGUACAGGUAUCAUCAUGUUCAUUUUAACUUUAAUCAAAAUAGCAUCCAGAUAUAUAGACAAUGGCACUUAUUUUUAUUUGCAUUAGGAAAUUCAGGCCAUUUCUGAUUGUCUCAUUGAAAACUCUAUGUUCAAGUGAAAUUUUGUGACAGAAAAAGUUUGUUUCAAUAUUCACCUGAUUGUUUUUUAAGAGCAUAUAAUAUUUAAAUUAGAAAAUAUUGUUUUGAGUGAAGGUUAUUUUUAGAGUCAUGUUAUAUAGGAAGUUACAGAGAAAAUAAAACCACAUACAAUCCUAAUAUAUUAACAUUUUCAUCAACAUUCUGUAUACAUAGCUAUUCUUUCUACAAAAAUGAGAUCAUAUUGUCUUCUGUUUUAUAAUCUGGGGUUUUAAUUUAACAUUUUAUGAUUAACUUUACAUGUCAAUAAACAAUUCCAUAUUAUCAUGCAUUUAAAUGGC